AUAAAAGAAGUACAGAAGAGGAUGCUUUAUGAUCGAGUUGAACAAGAACGUAUGAUUCAUCCAAAGCUGCAACAUACUUCAAUUGUUAAGCUCAUCACUACCUUUGAAGAUGAUCAAAACUAUUAUUUGGUUUUGGAGUACUGUGAAAAAGGAACUCUCGCUAAAUAUCUAAAACUUCGAGGUCGCCUGGAGGAAGGAGAAGCACGUGAUAUUAUUAAACAAGUGCUUGAAGGUUUGCUGUAUUUACAUUCCAAAAACAUAAUUCAUCGUGACCUGACUCUAAGGAAUAUACUUCUGACAAAGGACAUGAAAAUUAAAAUUGCAGAUUUUGGUCUUUCAACACAAUUAAAAAGUGCAGAUGAGAAGAAAUUCACAAUGGUUGGAACAGCACAAUUUAUGUCUCCGGAGUUGACAAUGGGAGCCAGAAGUUGUCAUGGAAAGGGAGUGGACAUCUGGGCCCUCGGCUGCGUCUUGUAUGCACUUUUAGUCGGAACGCCCCCUUUUGAUGGUAGGGAUAUUGGAGAAAUUUUUAAAAAGGCUAGGAAGUGUGAUGUCAAGAUUCCUGCUUUUGUGAGCAAGGUAGCUGCAAAACUUAUUUCUGAUUUGAUGGAGAAAGAUCCUGGUUGCAGAAUAGAUUUGAAUGGUGUUUUGCGCUCUCCAUUUUUUGCUAAAUGCAGGACAAAUUCUCAAGGUGAUCAAAAGUUUGACAGUGGAAUUUCAGACUUAAGUUUAUCUGCCACACGUAAGGUCAGGUUGAGCCAUCGGUCAUUAGAGACCGACAGUGGUGUGAGCUCUACAUGCAACAGAGGCGUCAACAGAAGUCGCAGCACAUCUAAGGAUGUGCCACGCUUGGCAACCAUUGAUUCCAUGAGCCAUUCUUCUCAUUCUAAUGAUCAGCUGCCUGUUCGUCAUGAUAGCAACAGCUACAGAAGUCAAGGAUCUGCAAAGCAACAUGAGAAUAAAUUCAUGGUGGUGCCCUCCCGCAAUGAAUUUCACGACCCUGAUACACUGGAAGUUUCAACUGGAAGAGGAAGAGAACGUAGUGCUUCUGAAGAGAGGCGUAAACAGGAACGCCAGAGGGAACUGAAUGAGAAUCAAGAAUCCUUCCCUAGACAAUCAAAAAAGGAUAUUGAAAAGAACACUCUACUUCACAACCGACAUCAUGAUGUUCAAAUUAGAAGCCGUCCUCAAAGCCCCAUGGCCUAUCCUAUCGAACGUUUAGAAAAUCUCAUUGAAGAGAAUUUGCUUAAAUCAUAUAGUUCAUGUGAAAGCGGAAACCCGUCUAAAAGUAACAAAUCCCAUGAAUUUCUGAACUCAUGUAAAAAAAGGCAACAUCCGGUACGGGAGCAUGGCAAUUAUUCUCAUCAUUCCUUGGAGCAUCAGCCAGCUACUGAUACAAAAUCGAGAGAAGAUUACAUAGGUCCGCCUUUCAAUACAGCACGGCUCCAUCCUUUUAAACAAAUCAUCAAUUUUGCAGUGUUUUCACUAGAAAGUGAUGGUCAAGUAUGUCUUGAGUACUUGAAAACAAAAAAGGGUAAAAAAUAUGUUUCUACUGCCUGUUACUUUUCGGCAGAUGGCAUGAGGAUAUCCAUACAGAAAAAAUCGCCCCUUUGUUCAGAAAUUUACACCAAAGCUCAGCACUUCAGUUAUGAAAAUUUACCCAAAGUUCACUGGAAAAAGUAUAUCCAUGCAUCUCGUUUUGUGGACAGCAUUAAAGUUAAAACGCCAAAAAUUACUUUUUUCUGUAAUCGAGCAAAAGCAAUGCUCAUCAUGAUGGAAAAUGUGCCAAACCCUGAUUUCCAUAUGAGGUUCUACAAUGGUGGUCUGAUUGAAAGUAUAACUACAAAAGGCUCUCGUGAAAUUCGUGUUUUUAAUGAGAAUGGAGAAGUCAUCAAUCGCUCAGAUCAAGACUUUGAACCCAUGUGGGAGAAAUAUGUCACUUUGAAAUCAAGAGUUGAAAAAUUGGCAGAACAAUUGGAAUUACUACAAGAGAAUUCAGAAGAAUCAAUUUUCCCCAUGACAAUGGGAAAACAACCUUCUCCUGUAAAUGACAAAGGAACUCCAACAUCCAUAAGUUCAUCAAUAGUGAAUAAACCAAUUACAAAUACACAAUCUUAUUCUCACUCUGUUUACAGUCCUGAUGAAAAUUCAAGGAGCAAUACUUCCUGUCGCUCUGAAAUGAAAAAUAUUGAAAACAACUGUGAUCAAAAACAUGUCAGCAACAAGCGACCUGUAUUCCAGAAAAGAAGUAUAGAUAAGAUACUGACAAACUUGACAAAUCUACCAAAGGUUGUAGAUGGAAAAAUAUUAGCAGAAUAUAAGGAUGGAUUUCAGAUGUGGAGUACUCCAACUGGAAAGAAAAUUUAUUUUUAUGACACAAAGUCCGACAAAAGAUAUGAUUCGGUGAAACCCAACUCUAAUCUCUUUGCUCGACUUUGCUCAGAUUUGAAAGGCAUACUGUUGCAUGUUCACUUGGAACAGAGGAAAAAUAUGAGAUGACAUUUGCAUUGUGUGUAUGAGUUAGACAUCACUUCUGGCUGUCUCAUGUUCAAAGAGGACGUUCCCAACAUCUCUUGUAAAUAAUUUGAGAACUUGCUCUUAGGAAUUGUUGGAAGAUUUAUUAUAGAGCCGGUUACAAAAAAUUUUUCAUGGCUUUUUGAUUUGUAAAUAAGCUAAAUUUGUAAUUCAUUGCUUGAGUUUUAUCAUUUUGAACUGAA